AUGGAUGCCUACAAAGUAUUGUGUAUAAACAAUACUUCACUUUCUCUUGAAUGUUGUGAUGACAUCAAAAAGGAAGUUAAAUCGUAUGAAAGAGCAUAUGAAUCAUUAUGCACGAACAAAACUUACGGAUUCCGUCCAUUCAACGUAAACUUUACAAAUCUUGGAGCAACUGGUCGUCAAGGUCCAACCUCAAUUGGUCAACAUUAUAAUGGUCAAGAUCAUGUAAACAUGGUUAGAGUAUUAAAAGGUAUCCAGUAUUGGACAGUGCCUUACACUGGAACUUAUGAAAUUACGGCAGUCGGUGCACAAGGAGGUUAUGAUAAAUAUGGCUCUACUUACAGAGGAGGUGGAGGUUCUUUUGUUGCUAGGAACAACAAUGCUCCACUACUUGUUGCUGGAGGAGGUGGUGGUUUAGAAAACCUUAACAAACGUUUAGAUAACUCUGGAGGAGUAAAUGGACAGGGAGCAAAGCAGGCAGAUUCAGGAAAUUCAGGAGGCGGAGGAGGUGGAUUUUACAACAAUGGAAGAAGUAGUAAGCAGUUUGGUGGAAAGUAUGGAAAUGGAGGAGAAGGAGGUUUUGCUUUUAUAAAUGGAGGAGCAGGAGGACGUGCUAAAACUAACAAUGCUGUUGAUGGAUUUGGAGGUGGUGAUGGAGCAUAUGGUUAUGGUGGAGGAGCAGGUGGAGGUGGGGGCUACUUAGGUGGAGCAUCUGGUGAUAAUGUGAAUGGAUCUUGUGGUGGUGGAGGUGGGUCUUACAAUGUAGGAAGAAAUCAAGUAAGCAAGCCUGGUUUUAACAACAAGGGAGACGGAUAUGUCGUUGUCACUCGAAAGUCGUAA